CGUGCAUACACUGCAGUAUGCCACCAAAUCCCCACUUCUUCCUCAGCUUGUUCCAGUCUUUGAAGUCUCCCACACGAAAACCCAUUUCCCCCCAAAAAGAAAGAAGAAAAAGAAAAUGAAAAUAUGGAGAAAUGAGGAUCUUGUGUGAACCUGAAAAUCUCCCUUUUCCAUUAAAGCGAGCAGGGGAUUCACGUGCCCAUUGAAACAGAAUUUGUUUUUCCAAAAAGCUAAAGAAGUGCAUUGUUGUUAGCAUCUUUGUUUGUGGGUCGUCAUUAUUAUCGUAAAUUCCGUAGUGGGUUCGUCCAUUUCUUUUGAAAUCUCUUGAAUGAGUAGAAGGGUUUGCUAAAUUUAGGGGGAAUUUCGAGAUGGGUCGAUGGGGUUCUGGUGGGGUUUUUAUUUUCUUCAGUUAUUUGUGGUUACUGUGCGGCGGCGGCGGCGGCAGCGGAGUUGAGGGCUAUCCGAUUGAGGAUCUGGUGCUGCGGCUGCCGGGUCAGCCGCGAGUUGGGUUUAAGCAAUAUUCUGGGUAUGUUGAUGUGGAUGUGAAGAAUGGGAGGAGCUUGUUCUACUACUUUGUUGAAGCAGAGGAGCAGCCAGAGAAGAAACCUCUCACUCUUUGGCUCAAUGGAGGUCCUGGAUGUUCUUCUGUUGGAGGAGGAGCUUUUACAGAGUUGGGUCCUUUUUAUCCGAGAGGGGACGGUCGAGGCCUCCGAAAAAAUCCCAUGUCUUGGAAUAAAGCUUCGAAUCUCCUAUUUGUUGAAUCUCCUGCUGGAGUGGGAUGGUCAUACUCAAACACUAGUUCAGAUUAUGACUGUGGAGAUGCCUCAGCUGCCAGGGAUAUGCAUAUUUUUAUGAUGAACUGGUAUGAGAAGUUUCCAUCAUUCAAAGCUAGAGCGUUGUAUCUCACAGGCGAAAGUUAUGCAGGGCAUUACAUACCACAGUUGGCUAUUUCUCUUUUGGAUCACAAUGCAAGAUCCAGUGGUUUCAAGUUCAACAUCAAAGGAGUUGCUAUCGGGAACCCUCUAUUGAGACUUGACAGAGAUGUUCCAGCAACGUACGAGUACUUUUGGUCGCACGGAAUGAUAUCAGACGAGAUCGGUAUCACCAUCAUGAGCGAAUGCGAUUUUGAUGAUUAUACUUUUUCAAGUCCUCACAAUGUGACAGAUUCAUGCAAUGAAGCAAUAUCGAAAGCAAACCACAUUGUUGGUAAUUACAUAAACAAUUACGAUGUCAUCCUCGACGUGUGCUAUCCAUCUAUAGUGGAGCAAGAGCUACGAUUGAGAAAAAUGGCUUCUAAGAUAAGCUUGGGGGUUGAUGUGUGCAUGACCAUGGAAAGAAAAUUCUAUUUCAACCUUCCAGAGGUUCAGAAAGUGCUUCAUGCUAACCGAACUAAAUUACCGUACAGUUGGUCAAUGUGCAGUCCAGUAAUAAAUUACAGCGAUACCGAUGGUAACAUCAACAUUCUUCCGUUGCUGAAAAGGAUAAUCGAAAAUCGUAUUCCGGUUUUGGUUUUCAGCGGAGAUCAAGAUUCUGUCGUCCCCUUGUUGGGAUCUCGAACGCUCAUCCGUGAACUUGCUCAUGAUCUGAAUUUCAAGAUUACAGUCCCAUAUGGAACUUGGUUUCACAAAGGCCAGGUCGGAGGUUGGGCGAUCGAGUACGGAAAUCUUUUGACAUUUGCAACAGUAAGAGGUGCCGCUCAUAUGGUACCUUAUGCGCAGCCAGCAAGAGCGUUGCAUCUGUUUAGUUCCUUUGUCCAUGGUCGGAGACUGCCUAAUUCGACUCGGCCUUCGAUUGAUGAUUAGAUAAGUUUUCCUACAUAUAAUACUCUUACUUUAGAUCUAUGCAUUCUGGAAUAUGGAAAAGAAGAAAAUAAUUUAGCAUUCAGGCCCCAAGUCUGGGCAGUUUACAAUAUUGAGCUAUCUGGUUUAUACCAGUUUCUUCUGAUUGAAUUCUUUGAAAGUUUGGGUUUGAAUUAAAGUGAAAAAGAAUUGCUUCUUUUGAUUUAUUGAGUUCAAUGCAGUGUUUAUUA